AUGUUUUCCAGGCUGCUUAGGCUAUUUCGGAAAGAGAAUGGCGAUCAAGGAGAGACCACACCAACUAAGAAAGAAGCUGGCCUCCUGUCUUGUAAGAAAGGAAGACUGAAAUCAUUCUGGGGAAGGCACAGCUCUGCUAGGCAAACAUCAUCCCAGAAUUCCACCAUCAGUAACUGGAAAGAGAUGACAAAAUUGGAAGAACUGAAAUUGAAGAUCAAGAAGAUGAGCUUUGAGGAGGAAGAAAUUAGUCAAAUGCUGAACCUGUACAAUUAUCAUGAUUUGAACUACAGGAUGAACAUCGAAUUCAACAUCAUUAAAAGAAACCACGAAAAGACCAUUAUGAAUAUCCAGAAAAUGACAGAGUCAGUAAUUGAAGCCAUGGAGAAAUACAAGGAGCUCAUUGAAGAAAACCAUUCCUACAGCACCAGGCACUGCCAACUCCUUAGAGAAUGUUCUCAACUGAAAGACAAUGUCAGGAUAUUGCUGCAGAGCGGGAACAGAAAUCUGCUGGUGGAGCAAAGUGAACCACAAGUGUCGUAUGGAGAAGAUAAGAGCUUCUGUGAGGAGGCCAGCAAGAACAUCUAUGUCCCGGGUGCCAAGCAUCAGCAGACCCCAUUGAUUGACCCUCAGUGUGGGUCACCUGUCAUCCAAUGUGGGGCAGUGAGAACAAGAGGCUCCUUGAGGGACAUUAUUGAAAGAAGGGUCUUCGACAGGAAAUUCAAAAGUGUAACAAAGGUGGUCUCUGCUGGAACCUGCUGCACUGACACUGGAGUUAAAAACAUCAUAGAUUAUGCACUGGCCACAGGGUGUUAUUACCAGUAA